AUGUGUCUGUCUGGGGAGAGGGGGUCACGAAGCCAGGAAAGAAUGCCAAGAAUGUGCGUGUUUGUCCAGGGCUGGCACCUCCAGGCCGCGCUGAGCUAUAAAAACCCCAGAGAUCUGCUCCAAUCCUCAGAACACACCACGCUGGACCCGGCCUCCACAACCACGACUUUAAAGAAACUCUACGGAGACUCGGACGACGGGAGACGAGAGACUAGAGAUCGAUUUGAUCAGAGCAAACGACUCAAACUUCAUUGAGAAGAUCCAACAACUGAACCAAAAACCUUAAAGUUCUGAAGAUGGCCACCGUCACAAUGAGGAUUUUGGUGCCGUUUCUGUGCCUCGUGUUGUCACAUCUGGCUGCGGGUCAGGAGUGCAGCGGUCAGUGCAGCUGCCCCUCCGCGCCUCCACAGUGCCCCCCGGGGGUCAGUCUGGUGCUGGACGGUUGUGGGUGCUGCAGAGUCUGUGCCAAACAAAUGGGCGAACUCUGCACAGAGAGAGACGUGUGCGACCCUCACAAAGGCCUCUACUGCGACUUUGGAGCGCCCAUCAACCGGAGGAUCGGCGUCUGCACCGCCAGAGAAGGAGCCACAUGUGUUUUCAAUGGGAUGGUGUACAAGAGCGGAGAGAGCUUCCAGAGCAGCUGUAAAUACCAGUGCACGUGCCUAGAUGGCGCUGUUGGCUGCGUCCCUCUGUGCUCCAUGGACGUCCGCCUCCCCAGCCCCGACUGCCCCAUGCCCAGACGGGUCAAGGUCCCUGGGAAGUGCUGCGAAGAGUGGGUCUGCGACACGCCCAAGUACACGGACCCCUUCAUGGGCUCGGUCCUGCCCGCGUACAGAGAGGAGGAGACUUAUGGACCUGAUCUUUCGUUGAUGAGGGAGAACUGCCUGGUCCAAACCACCGAAUGGAGCGCCUGUUCUAAGACCUGCGGCCUCGGCAUCUCAACCCGCGUCACCAACGACAACCGCGACUGCCGCCUGGAGAAGCAGACGCGGCUGUGCAUGGUGAGGCCGUGCGAGUCUCAGAUGGAGCAGAGCAUCAGGAAAGGUAAAAAGUGCAUCCGAACGCCCAGAGUCUCCAAACCAAUGAAGUUUGAGAUUUCCGGCUGCACCACGACCAAAUCGUACCGGCCCAAGUUCUGUGGCGUGUGUUUGGACGGGCGGUGCUGCACCCCCCACAGGACCACCACCCUCCCCAUGGAGUUUAAGUGUCAGGACGGGCAGGUCAUGAAGAAGCACAUGAUGUUCAUCAAGUCGUGUGCGUGCCAUUACAACUGCCCCGGCGAGAACGACAUCUUUGAGUCCAUGUACUACAAGAAGAUGAUCGGAGACAUGGCCUAAGACGCUCAGACAUCUCCAGACGACGGGCAGCUGAACACUUGAACCUAAACAUCUCACGAGCUUCAGACGCUGCAAAAACGACCUGGACCUGCUUAAGACGACUUCAGAAUCUUGAGUAGUGUUGAGUUUAGUUUGGAUUAACACUGUUACUGGAGUUAAUCCUAAUUUUUCACUUGGCCGAGAGUAAAACGGCCACAACCUCAUCAAACCAAGCCUAACACGUAACUGCAUUCAAACGAGUCAAACUCAAGACUCUGAGGCGUUUUAAGCUAAAGUGCGUGCUCUUUUUUGUAGUGUAGGAAGCGUGGAAAUAGCCAAAGUGCUAUAUUUAUAUAUUUUUUUACUGCUGGAGUUUUUCCAGCCAAAACUCAGACAGAGAGUUGCUUAGCAGCUCCAAAAGACUCUGCACUAUUUGACUUUGAACAACCUACUGCCGUCCAUCUGAACAAUGCAAACGGGACCAGCUCAUACUGUUAAGAUCACUGGAAUGGAGUAGUUUUGACUUCUUCGGUAUGGCCAGUGAGUCACUGGUAGAAAAGUAAACAUCUUAAACCCGCCUCGUUAAAACGACUCCACAUUCCCGAGUCAUUUGAACUGGUGUCGAUGUUUCUGCAGUGAAGUGAAGGCCUUGUUCUUCUGAAACUUCAUCUAAACCUUGACCCUGGUCUCAAAGAGGUGUCCAAAAACAGCCCCGCCCUCCAUUUACAGACUGAGAGCUAACAAGCUAACAAGCUAACGAGCUAAAGAGCGAACGCAGCUGGAGGAGCCGCCCCUCCCCUCUGCAAACAGCCCUCAAAGAGCCCAGUGUCCAGCACCUCAAUGUGCUCUGUGUGUGAGAGACCCGGACCUGUUUAGACCUGGGAUAGACCUGGUUUGGACCUGGUUUAGACCUGGGAUAGACCUGGUUUGGACCUGGUUUAGACCUGGGAUAGACCUGGUCUGGACCUGGUUUAGACCUGGUUUAGACCUGGGAUAGACCUGGUCUGGACCUGGUUUAGACCUGGUUUAGACCUGGUCUGGACCUGGUUUAGACCUGGUCUGGACCUGGUCUGGACCUGGUUUAGACCUGGUCUGGACCUGGUCUGGACCUGGUUUAGACCUGGUCUGGACCUGGUCUGGACCUGGUCUGGACCUGGUUUAGACUAUGAAUAGACCUGGUUUAGACCUGGUUU